AUGGCCUUCCAAUGUCGCCAUCUCGUUGAGCCAUUCCGCGGUUUGAUCGUUUGGCUGCUGGUCGCCCAAAUCCAGAUUUUCUCGGUCCUUUCCAACCCUACUCCGGCCCAGCGUGCAGCCUCAUCCAUCCUGGACAAUGCCGAUCGCACCGUGCCAGACUAUAUAACGCGUUAUGCGCCGCUCGUCUGGCUACACUCCGACGAUCCCUUCCGACCGUCAGACAUGCUCGAGCAUGUCCGCCGCACGACCCCUAUGAUCAAUCAAAAGCCCGUCCCCGGCCUGCCGGAGCUCGACCUGGACAACCUAGCUCUGCUCAACGACAUUGAUGUUGGGGCUGGGCAAGUCGCCGCGUUGACCUCCAACGACGACAUCACAGACCUGCCCGCAUGGCUCUUCGGAGAGACCCCGGACGAGUCAGGUAGAAUCUCCAACGCGACUCCGUGUGUUGUGAUUGCUGUUGAGCGGAGUCCUCGCGAUGUUGAUGUGUUUUUCUUCUAUUUCUAUUCGUACGACAGAGGCGCGAAUAUCUCACAAGUACUGCCCCCCCUGAACAGCCUGGCAGGGGGUAUGGCCGAUGGAAUGCACUAUGGGAACCACGUUGGUGACUGGGAACACAAUAUGGUUCGUUUUCGGGAUGGAAAUCCCACGGGCAUCUACUACAGUCAGCAUUCAAGCGGCGCUGCGUACGACUGGAAUGAUACAGACCUUUCGUUGGAGGAUGGGCGGCCCCUCGUUUUCAGUGCAUACGGCUCGCACGCAAAUUACGCAUCUUCGGGGGACCAUGUUCAUGACAAAGUCUUGCUAGACUACUGCGAUGCUGGCCAGCUCUGGGACCCUGUUCUUUCGGCGUACUUCUACCACAUGGAUCCUACCAGUUCGGAGCUAACUCGACUGUUUCUUCCCGGAGAUACCUCGCCUUCCGACUCAAAUCUGACGUCUUUCUUCUACUUUACCGGUCUCUGGGGCGACGUUGAAUAUCCGGGUAACCAUGCUCGCCAAAAGACGGUUCCGGUCUUUGGCUUGAAGCGCUUCGUCUCCGGCCCGCAAGGCCCCAUUUGGAAACAGCUCGUCCGGAAAGGGCUAUUCCCUGAUCAUCCCGAGCCUAAGCAAUUCGUACAGUGGGCUGUCGGGGUCUUCAUGUCGUGGUACCCGUGCUGUAUGCGGGGGUGGAGAGUCUGGGUGUCUCUGACUGUCGUCGCAGGGUCAAUCGCAUUGGCAGUGCUCGGGAUUAGGCAUGGCGUGAGGCGGUACCCAUGGGCGGGUAGCCCAUUUUAA